UCUCUCUCUUCUCUCCUUCGUUUCUUCACAUCAGCACUAUUUUCUACAAAUAUUUCUUCGAAGCACAUUCAUACCCGUAUCAAGAUGACCAACACCACCGCACUUACCAACACCGUCGUCCCCGUCGAGAAGAUCCAGGAGACUUUCAAGGACUAUAUUGACCUCGCUGUCGCUACUCGCGGAGGCAAGGUCUUGACCUUCUCAGAUGAAUGGUUCGCCGAUUGCAAGAAUCUCCUCACCGCCACCGCCCCCAUUUCCGCCCCCGGUCGUUUCGUCCCUACCGGCGCCUGGUAUGAUGGAUGGGAGACUCGCCGACACAACGCUCCUAACUACGACUGGUGCGUCAUCCAGCUCGGAUAUGCCGGUACCAUCGCCGGCUUUGAAGUCGACACUUCCUACUUUACCGGCAACCACGCUCCCUUCGUCUCUGUCGAGGGCUACACAGAGUCUUCGCCUUCUAAGGCUGCAGUCCGCACACACGAGGAGUGGGCUGCUGUCAACUGGGUCCCUGUCCUUACUAAGGUCGCCCUCAACCCCAACUCGCGUCAUGGCUUCAAGCUUGAGCAAUCCACUGCCGCACACUAUACCCAUGUCCGCUUCUGUAUGUACCCCGAUGGAGGCGUUGCCCGUCUCCGCGUCUACGGAACCGUUCAUCAAGUCCAUCCCGAGAACAAGCACGAAAUCUAUGACUUGGCUUCCGCGGCCUCAGGAUCGGUCAUUACCGAUCUUUCAGAUGCCCACUACGGUCACCCCUCUAACAUGCUCCUCCCUGGACGUGGCCACGACAUGUCUGACGGCUGGGAGACUAAGCGCUCGCGUGCUCCCGGCCAUGUCGACCACUGCACCAUCAAGUUGGGUCAACCUGGCCACGUUACCGACAUUGAGGUCGAUACUGCUCACUACAUGGGCAACCCUCCCAAGGCCGUGACCAUCGCUGGAUUUGAGAUUGGUUCAGAUACUCCCAUUGUCCUCUUGGAUCAGGCCCCCAUGACUGCUCACCGUCAGCACUUCUUCAAGGUUGCCAACGACUUGACCGAGAAGCGCAUUGCCAAGAUCCAGGUCGUCAUGAUCCCAGACGGUGGCAUCAAGCGUGUCCGUAUCUGGGGUGCCGCUCAAUUGCCUGCUAUCGAGCCAGAGAACUCUUUGAUCGGCGUCCGCCAGGAGCUUCCUGACGAGCACACCUGGAACCAGAAGAAGAACUAAACGCCCUCACGUAAAAGCAUCAUAGACACCAUGAGAAAUAAAUGUAAAAAAUAUCUUUGUACAGUG